AUGAUUGUAGAUGCUGCAUCAGACGGCUCAUUAGUAUCAAAUACUACGUCACACACCUCCGACAUCCCCCUGGCUCCCAUAGAGGGCAGACCGGUCAAUUUUGGCUUGGUUGUCCCUGGUGUCUACCGCAGCAGCUAUCCCAAGAAAGAGGACUUUGCCUUCCUGAAGGGUCUGAAGCUGAAGACAAUAGUCACGCUGGUCAAGAAGGAUGAGCCUGACCAUGACCUCGAGGCCUUUGUCGCCGCCAAUGGCAUCCAGCAGGUCAUCUUCAACAUGAAGGGGACAAAGAAAGAGCCAAUCCCCCCCAGUACCAUGGCGGCCAUUCUGGAAAUUGUCCUCGAUCGGCAAAAUUACCCGCUCGUGAUACACUGCAAUCAUGGCAAGCACCGCACCGGAUGCGUCGUCGCCGUCGUCCGCAAGCUAUCGGGCUGGAAUCUCGAGAGAGCGCUCGACGAGUACAAGAGCUACGCCACCCCCAAAAUCCGGGAGUGCGACGUCGAUUACAUCACCGCAUUUCAGCCCAGUUCUCUGGAGAUGAUUCGGAUACGACCAGCCCGCGGGGAACAUGGGCGCUUCAGCCCCAUCCAAGUGCGGUCAUUCGUCAGGACCUUGAUGUUUACCGUGGUGGUCACGUCAAUAUGGCUGUUCUCUGGCUCUCGCAUGGUAGUCACCCGUGCCAAUCCACCAAGCUAG